AUGACGUUGCCAAUGUGCUCGCAAUUUCCAUACGUCCGCGUCAAAGCCGAGAGCAACACCACGAAGUACUCUUUUGGUACAGGGCGACGUUACAAGUGCCCCUCUGGUGGCGGCGAGCGCGCAGCCUUCAGCUCCAAGCAGUCCUCAGUCAAGUAUGCUUUUACUCCAAACUCAAGUACUCUUUUGGUACAGGGCGACGUUACAAGUGCCCCUCUGGUGGCGGCGAGCGCGCAGCCUUCAGCUCCAAGCAGUCCUCAGUCAAGUAUGCUUUUACUCCAAACUCAAACCCCGUUCGUUUCAAGCACCUUCGCGGAUCUCUUAACCGCAUCAUUUUCGGACGACCCCAGCGCAGUACUACCUCCUGACGAGCUAGAUCCAUUCUCAGAAGUCAAUCUUCCUUCACAACCUUCUUCGCCUGCAGCGCCGCUUCCCAGUUUUCAAGAAACUUAUUCCGUACGUUAUUCGACCCCUUAUAAGAUGGACGAGGACUGUUUUAAUGUCACCUCCUACCAUCAGGCCGCGACACAUGUGGCCACCCCGCCUUCCCAUCAUUACGACUACCAACCUCAACAUUAUACAAGCACCCCCUAUUAUCCGCCUCCACCCACAUGCAGCGGUUACGAAAACGUGAUCUCAUCCCAUCAAGAGUCCUACUCCCUUCCACCUUUCCAAUCCACCACGGCUGAGAUGCAAGUCAGCACAGCUUUGAGUCCCAGACACAGAAGAGCCUCCCUUCCUCUCCAACGGUCUGAAUCCACUAGCAGUAGCGAGAGUCCAAAAUUGAGGCUGGUUGGACCUGGACCUUCGGCCUGUUCUUCAGCAGCAAGUUCUCCUGGUGGAGUUUCCGAAGCUCCGACGACAACUAAAGGCCCGACACCUCCUUCGCCAUCCCAACUGUGUGCAGUAUGUGGUGACACUGCCGCUUGUCAACAUUAUGGUGUUCGUACAUGUGAGGGGUGUAAAGGUUUUUUCAAAAGAACGGUUCAGAAAGGUUCGAAGUACGUGUGCCUAGCGGAUAAGGCGUGUCCCGUAGACAAAAGAAGAAGAAACAGGUGCCAGUUUUGUCGAUUUCAAAAAUGCUUAGCGGUCGGUAUGGUCAAAGAAGUCGUUAGAACGGAUUCACUCAAAGGUAGAAGAGGCAGACUCCCUUCUAAACCCAAAUCUCCACAAGAAUCACCACCGAGUCCGCCAGUGUCAUUGAUUACUGCCUUGGUCAGAGCCCAUGUCGAUACCACUCCCGAUUUGGCUAAUUUGGAUUAUUCCCAGUAUUGUGAACCCAGUCCCAUAGAACCUACAGUGUCAGAAGCUGAAAAGAUUCAGCAAUUCUAUAAUCUGUUGACCACCUCAGUGGACGUGAUCCGAAACUUUGCCGAAAAGAUACCGGGAUAUCAGGAUCUGUGCAGGGAAGACAAGGACCUGCUAUUUCAGUCGGCAUCGUUGGAAUUGUUUGUUCUACGUCUGGCGUAUCGAACUCACGCCAAUGACACCAAACUAACCUUCUGUAACGGUGUCGUACUACACAGGCAGCAGUGCCACAGGUCUUUCGGUGAUUGGCUUAGCGCCAUAUUAGAAUUUAGUAGCAGCCUUCAUUCGAUGGAAAUCGACAUCUCUGCUUUCGCCUGUCUCUGCGCUCUUACUAUUAUUACCGAACGUCACGGUUUGAAAGAACCGCACAAAGUGGAGCAGCUACAAAUGAAGAUAAUUUCAUCCCUUCGCGAUCACGUGACCUACAAUGCGGAAGCGCAGCGUAAGGCUCACUAUUUCAGUCGCCUGCUAGGGAAACUACCGGAAUUAAGGUCCCUGAGUGUGCAAGGACUUCAAAGGAUUUUCUAUCUAAAGCUCGAAGAUCUCGUGCCGGCGCCGCCUCUCAUCGAAAACAUGUUCGUCGCAAGUUUACCAUUUUAAGGUAAGAAGAAGAAUAAAUAAUAACUAAUAAAAAAAUUAAUUCGACGAAUUCUAUAUUCGAUAAAUAAUAACUAAU